GAACAAAAAAAAUAGUAGUAAGGAGGGAGAGCGGAAGGCAAGAUGUAAAUGGAGUGUUGUCAUUCUCUUUUAACUCUUAUCUGCAACAACAUAGAAGACAUGAGCAGACUUAGUGUAUGGGGCGGCCCAUCGGCGAGCGUAUUUCCCAUCGGCAAUGAAAAGGUGUUCAGCUCUAUUUGGCAUUCGAGAAGAAAGGCGCAUUUCACAAGGAAGACGAUACGGAGCUGCGCAGCAGAUUUCAAGGUGCUCACUUCUGUUACAAGUAAUUAUAAUAACAUUGUAAUCCUCGAUACUCCAGAAUCACGAGUCCUGCUUCUCGAUUCUUCCAAUAAUGUGCAUAGCAUCCUUCACAAGGGAACCAAAUGGACUGGUGCAUAUUGGGAUGAGUUUGCUAGCUUGCCGGCCAUUGUUCCAAAGGGCCCUCUCGCAAUCUUUGGCUUGGGGGGCGCAACUGCUGCACAUUUGAUGCUUGAACUAUGGCCUUCUUUGUUGCUUGUUGGAUGGGAGAUAGAUGAAAUUUUGAUUGCAAAAGCAAGAGAAUAUCUUGGGCUCUCUGAUCUGGAGAAGCAUACUCAAGGUGGAGGUGUGUUGGAGGUUCAUAUUGGAGAUGUGUUUUCUUCAUCUGUUACUAUUCCUGGAGGUUAUGCUGGUAUAAUAGUUGAUUUGUUUUCUGAUGGAAAGGUUUUGCCACAACUGGAAGAGGUUACAACUUGGUUGGAGAUGAAUAAGAUGUUGAUGCCCAAUGGUCGUCUCAUGGUGAAUUGUGGUGCUGCUACCAAAGAAUUGUCUGAUACUUCUGAAAUGAUGCAACCAGAUAUUCCCAAAAGGGAUGACCCUUUGAAACUAAACGCAACUAUCAAUGCAUUAUGCAAGGCAUUUCCUGAGCAAGUAAGCUGGAAAAAGCUGCCAAAGAGCGCAGGAGAAAAUUAUCUUGCACUGACAGGACCACUACCAGAUUUGGAUAUUUGGUCUGCUCAUCUCCCGGAUCUAUUAAGGUCAAGUGUCAAAGAAUGGAGAAGUUGCACGCCUUCCCCUUCGUGAAUGUGACAUUGGGACUUGGUUAAGAUGUAAAUUUCCGCAUGCCAAACCAUGCAGAAAAGGUAAUUUGUGCCAAUAGAAAAGGUCCUUUGCAGA